CCUCCAGAUGAAUCUGUAGAACUAAGUACAGACUUGUUCGACGGCUCGUCUGAAAUGUUCCUCAUAGCCUUGGCUUCCUUAUGUGGAAUGCUAGGAUUUGCCGUCAUUGCUGGCAUUACUUAUCACUAUCUGAUUUUCAUUCCACACCAAAGGAGAGCUGAAAAACUAAAAGCAUCUUCAUCUCAACUUGCUCACAAAAAAGCCAUGGUUGCAGAAAUGAGAGAUUCCGUCCGCAUUUUUCACUUACAGAUGUCCACUCGAAUAACUGCAGAAGUCCAAAAAUGCAAAAAAGCACUAAAAGAGAUUAGAGAGGAUAGAAAUAAUUCUAAACAAGGCGGUGCUUUUUUCUUAAAAAAUAUUGUAACUAAUCCAAUCUACUCAGAUUCGUCUCAGGGAUUUUAUUCAGUUGUGGGACAGCGACCUUUGGCAUCUAAGUCAGCGGAGAGUAUUGUAGAGCAUGGAAAACAUAGUCCUUAUGCAAACACCGCUGCCUUAAACUCUUCGGGAGAGACCUUGAACCUUGAUGGUGACCGCGAUAAGUGUCACGCAUUCAACCUACGCAGUGAUGUAGCGUUAUAUUAGUGUCACGUUUUCAAUCUGCGUAGCGAAGUAUAGCGUUAUAUUAGAUUGAUUGAUGGAUAAGAUACUGCUAAAUGUUACUAUGGUAAUUUUACAGGCUUAACAGGAUACCCAUAGCGGUGUUCAUUAGCAAUUAGGCAUUCGAUUUGAUCUCGAUAUUCUACCAUGAGACGACAAAAAUAAAUGGUUUAGAUUCAUUGAGGCUGUUUAAGUAGCUCGAAGAGCGUUUGCUUUGAAUCAAUUAAAAACACAAUUUUCUUAUUUCUGCCUGAUAUAUUUCCCUUUAUAAUUAUUAUCAUAAGUAGGGUGACUAUGUAAUGUAAUUAACAAAGGUUAAUAGACUUAAUAGUAUAGAAUCAUUAACGCUGUUUAACCAGUUUUAAGAGCAUUUGAUUUGAAAUAUACAAGGUUUGCAUUUAUCUGUGUAACAUAAUCCAUUGGUAAUCAAACAAUGAGGCAUACUGUUUAGUUUUGAACUUUUGAUAUAGGACGAAUACGGUUAAUGAUAUAGAUUCAUUAGAGUUGAUUAAGUGGCUCCCAUGACAUUUGCUUUAUGUGGAUUAAUAAAGGCUUGGUUGCUGUUA